UACACCUCAUCAGCCUGCAGCCUUUGUCCCUGCCUUAUCACGUCUAUAAAAACGACCCCCAGACCGAUCGCAUACAUAUCCAGCCGCUAACCCGGGAAGAGUCAUUCUGAGGAAGCGGCUCAGCUGAUUAAACAUGGCUCGACUAUCAAUCUUGUUUGGACUGUCUGCUUUGAUGAGUCUUCAUGCAGUCACUUCUAUCAAACUGGUGUGCUACUUCACUAACUGGUCCCAGAAUAGACGAGGUGUUGGCAAAUUUACGCCUGCCAAAGUGGACCCUAACCUCUGCACACACCUGAUCUACGCCUUUGCUGUGAUUAAGCCCUCUAAUGAGCUGGCAGCCUACGGGUGGCGUGAUGAUGUUCUCUACAAAUCCUUCAAUGAACUCAAGAACAAAAACCCCCAGCUGAAGACUCUGUUGGCUGUUGGUGGCUGGAACUUUGUAACCAGACAGUUUACCAUCAUGGUCUCAUCCCCUGCCAACCGCAAGAGAUUUAUAGAAUCUUCUAUCAGAUUGUUAAGACUGUAUGGCUUUGAUGGGCUUAACCUGGACUGGGAAUAUCCUGGAUCACGAGGAAGCCCACCAGAAGACAAGAAGAGGUUCACAGUGCUGUGCCAGGAGUUACUUGCUGCCUUUGAAAAAGAAGCUGCAGAGACCAACAAUCCACGACUGCUGCUGACAGCGGCGGUGGCAGCUGAGAAGGGAGAAAUUGACAAAGGAUACGAGGUUGCUGAAGUCUCAAAGCUCCUGGACUUCAUAAGUGUCAUAACCUAUGACUUCCACGGACCAUGGGACACUUACACUGGUCACCACAGCCCUCUGUACGGCAGCUCUCAAGAUCAGGGUGACAAUAUCAACUACAACGUGGACUUUGCUAUGAAAUACUGGAGAGACCAGGGAGCUCCUUCUGAAAAGCUCUUAGUUGGUUUGGCCACGUAUGGACGCACAUUUCGCCUGUCAUCAGAAGCUACUGGUGUUGGAGAGCCAGCCAGCGGCCCGGCCUCCGCUGGGCCCUUCACCCGUGAAGCCGGGUUUUUGUCCUACUAUGAAAUUUGCAAUUUCCUCCCAGGAGCGAGUCUCCACUGGAUUGAUGACCAAAUGGUACCCUAUGCCACAAAAGGAAAUGAAUGGGUUGGGUUUGACGACGAGCGCAGCCUUGAAAUCAAGACCAACUAUGUAAAAGAGAACAAAUUUGGAGGAGCCUUCAUCUGGGCUCUAGAUCUGGAUGACUUUGCUGGAGAAUUCUGUGGACAGGGAACCUACCCCCUCAUUAGAACUGUGCAUUCUCUCCUGGAUUUAGGUCUACCAACUCCAACAGAUUGCACCACAACUGCUGCUACUACAGCUGCUGAUGCAACUUCUAGCGCUACAACACCCGUUUCUGGAGGUGAUUUUUGUGCUGGCAAGGCUGAUGGCCUCUACAGAAACGACAAGGACGACAGCACCUUUUAUCAUUGCGCCCACAGACGCACCCACAUCAAGAAAUGUCCAGCUAAUCUUGUUUUCAGUGAGAGCUGCAAGUGCUGCGACUGGUCAUAAAUAGUUUCAUGGAAAAAAAAAAAAAAGGUGUUCUGUUUUUCCCUUGUGUAAAUGACUUUCUGUGUUCAGAUAAGCAAAAUCUGACUCAAAUCUGAUGUGGGUCUGACAUGAAUUAUAAAAUGGUGACUGAUAACACUGCA